AUGCCCCAACCUCUAACCUUCUGUAAUGAACCUGGACCCUCAGACACAAAAAAGAAGAGCAAAACUCCUGUUUCUGUGGAGGAGCAGCGGUCCAGCUGUGCUUUGUGUCAGGACGUCCUGAAGGAUCCAGUCUCUACCAGCUGUGCACACACAGAUAGAGGUCUGCAGGAGGUUUUAGAUGAACAUAGGAUCAGUCUGAAGAGGAGAUGUGAACGUGUGACUGAAGGAAGUGAAGAAACAGUGAGUAAAACCCUCCUCAACAGGAUCUACACUGAGCUCUACAUCACAGAGGGACUGAGUGAAGAGGUUAAUACUCAACAUGAGGUGAAGCAGCUUGAGACAGCUUCCAAGAAAAAGACCCUCCGUGACGCUCCAAUCAAGUGCCACGACAUCUUUAAAGCCUCACCUGACCAACAGGUACACAUCAGAGUCGCUCUGACGGUCGGCGUCGCUGGCGUUGGAAAAACCUUCUCAGUGCAGAAGUUCACUCUGGACUGGGCAGAGGGUUUGGAAAACCAAGAUGUCAGUCUGCUGAUUCCGCUUUCCUUCAGGGAGCUGAACUUGAUCAAAGCUGAGCAGUACAGUCUUCUCAGGCUGCUCCAUGUUUUCCAUCCAACCUUACAGAAGGUCACAGCAGAGACGCUCGCUGUCUGUAGCGUUUUGUUCAUCUUUGACGGCCUGGAUGAAAGCAGACCUUCACUGGAUUUCCACAACAAUGAGGUUGUGUCUGAUGUCACACAGCAGUCAUCAGUCAACGUGCUGUUGACAAACCUCAUCAGCGGGAAUCUGCUUCCCUCGGCUCUCGUCUGGAUAACUUCCCGACCUGCAGCAACCAAUCAGAUCCCUCCUGCACGUGUGGACAGGGUAACAGAAGUACGAGGCUUCACUGACGUCCAGAAGGAGGAGUACUUCAGGAGGAGAUUCAGUGAUGAAGAACGGUCCGGCAGAAUCAUCUCUCACAUCAAGACAUCCAGGAGCCUCCACAUCAUGUGUCUGAUCCCCGUCUUCUGCUGGAUCACUGCUACAGUUCUGGACCACAUGUUGACUACAGACCAGAGAGGAGAGCUGCCCCAGACCCUCACUGACAUGUACUCACACUUCCUGCUGGUUCAGACCAAGAGGAAGAAGCAGAAGUAUGAUGAGGGCCAUGAGACGAGUCCACGGGAGCUGACGAAGGCUGACGGGAAACUUCUUCUGAAGCUGGGGAGGCUGGCGUUUGAACAUCUGGAGAAAGGAAACAUCAUGUUCUACCAAGAAGACCUGGAGCAGUGUGGUCUUGAUGCCACGGAGGCCUUGGUGUACUCAGGAGUUUGUACAGAGAUCUUCAAAAGAGAGAGUGUGAUCUUCCAGAAAACAGUCUACUGCUUUGUUCAUCUGAGCAUUCAGGAGUUUCUGGCUGCAGUCUACCUGUUCCACUGUUACAGCAAGAGGAACACAGAGGUACUGAAGGACUUCCUGGGGAGUGACUGGGAGAAUGACUCAUCCCUGGAUGUCUUCCUGUCUGAAGCCAUGAAGAAAUCCCUCACAAGUAAGAAUGGCCACCUGGACCUGUUUGUCCGCUUUCUCCACGGCCUCUCUCUGGAGUCCAACCAGAGACUCUUAGGAGGCCUGCUGGGUCAGACAGACAACAGUCCAGAAAUGAUCCAGAGAGCCAUCAACACCCUGAAGGAGAUGAGGAGUGAAGAUACCUCUGCUGACAGAAUCAUCAACACCCUGAAGGAGAUGAGCAGUAAAGAUACCUCUGCUGACAGAAGCAUCAACAUCUUCCACUGUCUGACAGAGAUGAAGGACCACUCAGUACAUUAG